AUGGGUGACCAGUUCAACCUCCACAUCGCUGUCAUUGGCGCGGGGAUGGGCGGCCUGGGGUGUGCCCUCGCACUGGCUAAGAAGGGGUUCAAGAGAGUCACCGUCUAUGAACACGCGCCCGGCCUUGGCUUUGUGGGCGCGGGGAUCCAGAUGGCCCCAAACAUGGCGCGGAUUCUUGACCGAUUAGGGUGUUGGCAGGAGAUCUACGCUGUGGCAACCAAUGUAAAGGAGACAAGUAUAAGACAGGGCAGCACCAACGAGGAGCUGGCGCACGUCGACAUGCCAGAUAUAGAGAGCAAGUACGGCUAUCCGCACUGCACAGGCCACCGGGCAGACCUGGCCGGCGGCAUGUACGACGGCUGCAAGAGGGAGCCCGCCAUAAGCUUCAAGCUCGGGAACCCUGUGGUCAGCAUCGAGUCCUUCACGCCGAGACCCAAGUUCACAGUGAAGCCACACGACGGUGAGGCCUACCAGGUCGAGGUAGACGUCCUCCUCGCGGCCGACGGCAUCAAAUCUCUCACCCGCAGCGCCCUUCUCGCCCACAUCGGCGAGGAGUUUGGCGAGGCCGACACAGGGCAGGCCUCGUACCGGAUCAUGCUGAAGCGUCAAGACAUGGCGCACGAUCCCGAGAUGACGGCCCUGCUGGACAGUGACUGCGUGGUGCGCUGGAUCGGCGAGCGGCGCCACAUCAUCGCGUACCCCGUCGCCAACAAGACCAUCUACAACAUCUCGUCCGCCCAGCCAGACGUCAACUUCGCCAAGGGCGUGAGCGCGACAUACACCACCAAGGGGUCCAAGACCGAGAUGCUGCGCGUCUAUGGCGAGUUCUGCCCGCUCGUGCACCGCAUGUUGGAUCUCGUCCCGGACGGGGAGGUCGUCGAGUGGAAGCUCCGACAGCACAACCCCCUCUCCACGUGGAGCGUCGGGUCCGUGGCGCUCCUAGGCGACGCAUGCCAUCCCACGCUGCCCCACCUGUCGCAGGGCGCCGCCAUGGCCAUCGAGGACGGCGCCGUGAUUGCCGAGGUGUUAAGCCGGGUGCCGGACACCAAGCCGCAGACCGUAAGUCGUGCGCUCAAGGCCUACGAGGCCAUGCGCAAGGACAGGACCACCACGCUGGUCGAUAUGGCCGCCUACUCGGGCCGACAGCUGCACCUGGGCGAGGGCAAGGCGCGGGAGGAGAGGGACCGCCAGUUCAGGGAGCACAGGGAGAGCAAGGGUGCCAUCCCGGACAAGUGGGCGAGCCCGGAUGUGCAGAAGAUGAUUUAUGAGCAUGACUGUGUGAAAGAUGCAGCGGAGAGGUUUGACCAAAUCUUUGAAAGGCUGGUUGCGGAUAGCAGGGACACGACGAAUGGGUCGUCGCAAGGCGUGGAUGGAGAUUAG